GUGUGUUUUAUUCUUACCACAGGUUUUAUCGUUUUCCCUCCUUUUACGUUGAACACUUUUUGUGGUAUUUUACAAAUUCACCAUGAGAAAAAUUUCAAAAAGUCGUACGGAUGAUGAUGUGAUAUCGUCUACUAAUGGAUCUAUUCUGAACGAAGAUCAAACUGCAGAUCCAGAACCAGCAUUGGACCUUAAUGAAAAAGAUGGUAAUUCUGAAGCCAAUGAUGAUAGCGUCGAAAAAACUCCUGAGAAUGAUCUUGAUGCGUCUAAGAAAGAAACUCCAAAAAAAAACAAGCCCGGUCGAGGAAAAGGAAAAAAAAAGAAAUCUGAAAAAGAAGACAAAAAUGUUGAUGAAGAGGAAUAUGAGGUAGAGAAAAUAAUUGACUCUAAGAGAAUCAAAGGUAAACUGCAUUACCUAAUACGUUGGAAAGGAUAUUCUGCAGAUAGUGAUACAUGGGAACCAGAAAAUACAUUAUCAUGCCCUGAGCUAAUCAACAAGUUCAAUGAUGAAAAUGAAAACUUAAAAGCUAAAGAUUCUAAAUCUGCAAAAAAGAGUAAUAAACGAAAAGCAGCAAAAGAAACAAAGAUGACUUCUAAAAGACCUAAGACAGAAUGGGAUAGCAAAGGUGCUGAUGAGAAUGCGGAAUAUGAAGUAGAUCGAAUUUUAGAAGUGCAUCACAAGAAAAAUGGCAAAAGGGAAUUUCUUAUUCAUUGGAAGGGCUGGUCCAGUAAAUUUGAUUCUUGGGAACCAGAAAGUAAUCUCAAUUGUCCUGAUCUAAUAAAAAGAUUCAUGGAUAAGGUGAGCGUGGCUAAAUCUUCAGAUUCACGGACACUACGUGUCGCUCCAGAGACUACCAAUCGUUUCACUUUGCAAGAUCCUUCAUCGGGGCGACGACUCAGCAAGAGACGGGGGCAGCGCCAGAGGAUUCGAUAUGACAAUGCCGAGUAGUAUACAUAAAUAGAUUUUAAAGAUAUUUUAACAUUCAUUAGGAAAAUGGAUGUACCAAAAAUUUAAGAUUUUUUUAUUUGUCCAUGAUAAAAUUUAAAUGUUUGACAUAGGUAUACUUUAUUUUAUUUCUCAAUAGUUUUCAAUUAAUUGCAAUGCAAGUUAGGUAAACGUCUCACUUAAGUUCAAUUUAUCCUAGUUUUAUUAUAAAACGAGAACUAACUGUAUAACCAGGUUUUUUCUACUUUUUCUUUUUAAUUAUCGGUAUUCCCUUCUAGAUUUUACCAAAAUUCAGUGUUUUGCUCAGUCUUGUUAUAUAUAUAUAUUGCGUUUCUCUCUUCUACCUCGCGUAGCACGACGAACUUGAAAACGUUUUGUCUACACCCAAAUGCAACUUGUCCCGAGUGCGCCCAUACGAUAUCUCACUCUCGCCCGAGAAAGUGACAUUGGGAGUAGACAAAGCGUUUCCCGAGUUUGUCAAGCUACAUGUACUGGUAUGACAACAGUUUAAAACAUUAUCAAAAUUUAUUGAGCUUUCAGCAGUCUAUAGUAAGAGCAAAAAUAAAAAUGAGUACACGAUAUAAACCAUUAUUCAUCUAAAAUAAGUAAACACGUCUAAAUGUGGCGUUUACUCUUCUGUCGUCGAUCUGCUCUGUGCGUACAAUGGCUUAAAUCAAGUAUUAUCAAUUUUAGCACUCGUUUUAUAUUAAAACAGUAAAUGAAAGUAAUUUAAGAAUUGGUCAUUUUAUUGUUUGAUGGAAGUGUUUUUUUUUAACAAACGGCUAAUAAAGCUUGCGAUACUACACUAGAUUGUUAUCUUUAAUUGAUAUGUAAAAUUUUAAAGUCAAUUUUAUAUUUUAUUCAAAUCUCAUUUGGUAUAAUAAAAUUAACAAAAAAAUUAAACUUUUGUUCGUAGUUUUGUAAAGCUUGCUGUUUUGUAAAAAAAAUCUUGAUCUGAGGUAAUGUAAGGUUAUGCAUUCAGUAAGCCCUAAAUUUUAAGAGCCACUUACAUGCACAUUAGUAACUAAGUAGAAAUUAUUUUUAAUAUGCACACGAAGGCCCGAUCUAGCUAUUGAAUCAUCCUAGGCAAACAUUAUAUUGCCCACCCUUUACAGUACACUAAUUGCCUAUUGCCCUUAAUUUGUCCUUUGGGCAACUGUCCGGUGUAUACUCCCUUUCGGUCGGGUGCUGUGCAUAAGUCUGAAAGAAAAUAUUUACUAGAUAGCGAGAUAUUAUAUUCUUUAUCGCUUGUGUACUCGUAAAACUGCAAAUGUCUACAUGGACAGGCGGUAUAGAUAGAUAGGGGUGGACGCGGAGCGGCUGUAGCUUAUUUUCGUUGGAUCUGCCUUCAAAAGUUCGCUUCAUUCAUGAUGUGUAUGGCGCACUGUUACUAAUAGUUUUAUUUUGAUAUACAUUUUUCAUAGUUCGUUUUAAUAAAUGUACCGUAAAUAUCAUUAACGUAUGACUAGAUAUUAUUAUAUGGUAAAGCAUGAGUUAUGUUUACUGAUUUAUGAAAUAAAAAUUGAGAGUGCAUUGAGCAUGUCACGGUUUCAUUAGUGUGCCUAUCGAUAGAUGACGCUAGUGUUUUAAUUUGUUUGAGUAAUUAUUUUAUGAAUGGAUAUGUGCAUGUUCUUUGAUAAUGAUAUAGGUAUGUACUGCAAUUAGUAAUUAGUUAAAAAUUUAGGAACACAACCAAUUUAGGAAAAUUGUAGUCAGUUCUUAUUUUAAUAUAAAAUAUGUUCAUAGCCAGUAUACGUUUUACAUUUUAAAGUACUCGGUUUUUAAUCAUUUCAGUUAUUAAUGGGCAUGUAAAAGGCUCUUAUAUAUUUAUACAAACCUUGUUUUAAUGCAAUAUUACUUUCACAUGUAUUUCUUGUUGUGGAUCGAGAGGUAGUACUCAAUGAAAUUUUGAAAACUCAUCUAUAGAGAUCAGGAAGCAAUACCUAUAUUAUUACGUUUUACUUGUAAGUUAAUAUAUGUAAUGUGCGAAGAUCUAAACAUUUUACUAAAAAAUGAAAAUAAUGAAUAAUUAUUUACAAAAUAUUGAAAACUUGUUCUUUCUGAAUAAAUAAGACUUGUUAUGUCAUUGUUACUGGUUCAAAAAUAAAGACAAAGUAUAGAUAUAUAAUCAGAUUGGCCACACUUAUAUUUGGGAAGUGACGACAAAAUGUUUAAUUAAAUUUGAGCUAAAUGUCUAAUUUUAAAAUCUAUCGCAAUGCCUUUCAGCUUGGUGUUUGAAAGAUAUGCACGAACUUCACGCUACUAUUUAAUUAGUAAACUCAAUAUCAAGUUUCUGCCCCGGGUGGAAAAAGUUGUAGAUCCAGGCCUGAUGCCGCCCAGGGCCUCUGAUCGGGUUAGUCCGCCACUGAACCGCGGCCGGUCCUAAUGUUUACAUAUCUAUUAAAACCAUGGUAUUUACGUAAUAAAAGCAUAUUUAGUUUACCGAGUUAUGAAUAUUCCUCAUAUACCUAGCCUAUAUCUAAAUCUUGUUGAGAUAAUCAUUGUAAUACCUGUACAGGAAAACAGUCACUGUAGUAAUAUUAUGAUUCGCUUAAGUUUAUGUAUAUAAUAAAGGCAUGCGUCCACUGGGGAUUUAUUUCAUUUGAUGUUUUUGUCACUAUUGUCGUUUCUGUGGUAGUCAGUUAUGGGUACGAGUGCACUAAUGACUUUGUCAUUGAGAUUUAUCGUUAUCGUGCUCCUGUCAUUUCUAUGAAAGAACUAAUUGUCAAGCGUUCAAGCUCACGCGCCACCGCUGGUAUUUUCCAGCACGUGACAGGGGAUAAAGAUUCAUGUGCAAGUGCGUGUGUAACCGCAAGGAUACACAAGUCAAAAUGUCACGGUGUGAAAGGGUAUGCAAAGCCUUAACGUGGGCACUGUAGCACUAGAGAGCUUUUGACGUGUUAAUAAAAUGUUAGGCAACUGUUUCUUUGAAUUUACCUAUAUUUGUUAAUUUACCCAAAACAAACAUUUUUGGGAAGAUUAAAAUAAGACGGAUUUUAUGUAUAGUUUAAGUACUUUGUUUUCCUAAAAAAAUAUUUUAAUUUUUCUAUUUUACGUCAAAAGAUUUAUGUUAUUGAGUGUCUUAAUCGAUGUUAUUAUUAUUUUUAUAAACUACUUGUGAGAAUACAAUGUGGACUGUGAGUAGUUAGUUAUAUUACAUUUUGUUAUCGUUUUUUUUGCCUACGCUCUUCAAAUUAUUGUGUGGUAAAAUUAUAUAUCAACAGUAAUAAUGAUUUUUCUUGUUUAUACUUUAACUGGUUAGAUUAUACAGUUCAAAGUGCAAUCAAAGUUGUAUUGUAGCAAGCGCUCAAAGAAACCUGGGACUACGGUUUUAUUAAAUUUCUUUGAAGAGUAAGUUGGAACUAUCGUAAUAAUAAUAAUUCUUGUGAGGCUACAGUACAAAUAUCGCGUUAACUAUCGGACAUAAUCUGCGUUUUUAUAUAAUUUCUAAGACCUUAUGGUAGAAAUAUAUUUCCUCGUCGUUUUAUGUCGUUUCACGACAGCAUGACGGUUUCAUACAUUUAGUAUCUAAAUAAGAAACAACACGUAAAAGCAACAAUCAAGGCACAUAAUUGUGUUUCAGCCUUUAUUGUUGAUAUUAAACCUUAUAGUAGAGUAGAUCAUUAGCUAGAACUAAUUUUAUUCUUAAAGGAAAAACAUUGUAUCUCGUUUUGAUGAGACUGCGUUACCUAAACUUCAAUGUUAAGACAUUAAAACAUUAGAACUUGAACAUAACGAAAGUUUUUAAUCUUACUUUUUGAAGGUUUUUCUAGGUUUCGUAAAAAGUUAUUACUUUGUUACAAUAUUUCUCUUUGCUGGUGGACAAUUUGUAAGAUUAUGUUAUGUUUAUCAUAAAUAUAUAAUAAUUCGAAAGGAAUUACUAAAUUGAACAUUAUAUUAUUUUAUAUAUCCUCAGUUGUGAUGUUACGAAUAAAAAAAAUCAUGAAAUAUGUAGCCUCCAAGCUAGUAAUAAACAGUGUAGUUUUGGUCGUCUUUAUCGCGUGUGUUUGAUGUGAGACCUACAAAGUCGAAUUAGUUUUAAUAUAGAUCUACUUAAUAAUGUGGUGUUUUAUUUAAAUUAUACUUGCUUCCUAGUCAAAUAUCUAUUGCCCUUGGUAAAAUUAUGAAAGGUGAAAUAAAUUCUAAGCACUAUGAAUCACUCUAUGUAGGUACUUAUAAAAAAAAAAAAUAUUAUAAUUAUUUUGUUGAAUUACUUUCCAAUUAUUAUCAAGAGCUAAAGCAUUUUUAUUAUAAUAAAAAGUCAGAAAUUUAUCUCAAGAAACGGCGACAAUUUGAAACCGGCAUAUGAGAUGGAUAAGAAAUAAAACUACGUUUACUAAAUUAAUUAAUAUGUAUACUUUUUAUGUUGAAAUUUAGCUAUAAACGUGUUUUAUUGAUAUAUUUAAGUGUAACUACCACAUAACAAAACAAAUACACUGUGGUACUACAACGUAAUUAGGGGCCAUCCAUAAAUUACGUCGCACGUUAGGGGGGGGGGGGGGGGGGUCGACGAACUGUGACAUAGAACAAUAUUUAGUAGAAUUUGUAUAGACAAACUGGUGAUAUGAGGGGGGGGGGGGGGGGGGGGGGAGAAACAUGAAUUUUGUGUGACGUUAUUUAUGGAUGGUCCCUUAAUGUUAAGGAAUACAUGAAGAAUAAAAGUUUAAUUAAAAGAAUGGGGUUAUUAACAGCCUACUACUGAAUUAGUAAUUUUUA